AUGCUAGGUUGUUUGGAGGCUGCCACACUCUACAGCAGAUCAGGAUCUCAUUUCCUCUUUUCCUUCUGGCUGAACACAGAGCAGGCUCUUGUCUUGUCCUGUUCUUGGUUUCUGUGAAGUCAUGUUGCUGUACCUGGCAGCCCUCGUGGGUCUGUACUACCUCGUGCGCUGGUACCGGGAGAGGCAGGUGGUGAGCCACCUCCACGACAAGUAUGUCUUCAUCACGGGCUGUGACUCGGGCUUCGGGAACCUGCUGGCCAGGCAGCUGGACAUGAGAGGCUUGAGGGUGCUGGCCGCAUGUCUGACAGAAGAAGGGGCUGAGAAGCUGAGGAAGCGGGCAUCAGAACGGCUGGAGACAGUGAUCCUGGAUGUCACCCAGACAGAGAGCAUCGCUGCAGCCACCGAGUGGGUGAAGGAGCGUGUGGGAGACAGAGGACUCUGGGGCCUGGUCAACAAUGCAGGCAUUUUCUCCCGAUUUACAUUAAUUGAGUGGCAGAAGACUGAAGACUUGAUGAAAGUACUCAAAGUGAACCUCAUUGGUUUGAUGGAGGUGACCCUGAGCAUGCUUCCCUUGGUGAGGAAAGCACGGGGGAGGAUUGUCAAUGUCUCCAGCUCUCUGGGAAGAGUUGCUUUCAUUGCUGGAAUCUACAGUUGCUCCAAGUAUGGAGUUGAAGCAUUUUCAGACAUACUGAGGCGUGAGCUGAAAGCUUUUGGGGUAAAAGUCAGCAUGAUUGAACCUGGUGGCUUCAAAACACAACUGACAGAUUUGCAGCAAUCUUUAGAGAGAGCGAAGCAAGCCUGGGAUGAAGCACCCAUGCAUAUUAAGAAAUCCUAUGGACAGCACUAUUUUGAUGCUUAUUAUGACUUCGUUAAGCAGUUGCUGUCAAAUUGUAACACAAACCUAUUCCUGGUCACUGACUGCAUGGAACAUGCUCUGACCUCUGCUCAUCCUCGUACUCGAUAUUCUGGCGGCUGGGAUGCAAAAUUUUUCUAUAUUCCUCUGUCUUACUUACCCACAUCAUUGGCAGACUACAUACUGACCAGAUCUUGGCCUAAACCAGUCCAGGCAGCUUGAAGAAAACUGCGUUAGUGUCUCUUGGAAUGAACAAUACAAAUGCCUGAAAUUGGUUGUUAGUGUCUCUGUAACCCUUAUUCACAACCCAGGCUGUUUGUAACAAUAACUAUUGUUUUUAGCCUCAUUUAUCUGGCAUAUAAAUUAGAAAACCAACACAUUCACAUUGCUAAAAUUUACUACUUUGUGAUGAAUUCUUACUAUUUGUGACAGAAUUUGCAGCCAGGUGCACUGGCACAUGCCUAUAUUAUUAGCUAUUUCCAGAGCUGGGGCAGAAGAAUUCCAAGUUUGAGAUCAGAUUAAGCAUGUUUGUGAGAAUCUCAGAGAGUAAAAUGUAAAGGAUUUGCCAUAUAAUACAUUAUUGCUUUUUACUUUUAAAAACUAAAAUAGACACAAAAGAGUACAAGUAGAUGUAUAGAACAGAGUGAUUAGCUGAGACUUACAUGAAAAUUUGGUAUAUCAGAAGAAGCAUAAUAAGAUAAUGAUUCAAUAAAUGGGACAAGGCAGGGUUUUUCAUAUAAGGAUAAUAACUCUGGAUUCCUACCCUAUUCUGUGCUCAAAGGUAAAUCCUAGUGGAAUGUAAACAUAAAUAUGGAAAGCAAAUCUUUUUAAACCUUCAACAUAAUCCUUUGGUAAUUGAGCAGAAAUAUAUUGGAAAUAUCAAGUGAAUUAUUGUUUUUCUUAAACUGAGUUUAACUGAGAUUAAAUUAAACUGAGAUUAAGAAGUGUGGAUGAUAUUUAACAUUGUGCAUAAAAUGUUGCAUAUCACCAAUAGUUAAUAAGAAAAUGAAAUUUAAGAACAUAUAUUGGUCUGUGUAAUCACAAAUUAUAAGAACUCAUAGCACUGAUAGUACUUUGGGUAAACAACAAUAAACUCUUACAGAAAGUAAAA